GAGAGAAACCCAAAAAGUGAAAAGGUGUGCCCCAAUGUAAUUAUGAGCAUGGAAAGAGAAAGACAGAGAGAGAAAGAGAACAUACGCCACAGUAGUCACAGAUCUCUUGACUCUUGAGUCUUCAAGAACAACUACAAAUAAAGUGUCUGCACCCACCACAUAAAAAAAAAGAGAAAAAGAAAAAAAAAAACUCACACACAACCCAAGAAUCAUUAUCCAGGAAAGAUUAUUUCUUUACCUAUUUCAUAAUCUGGGGUUUGCUUUCUCGUCAAGCACUGAACCACACAAAACCUCUCAUUACUUGUUUCUUCACACCCACCACCACAACUACCACCACAUCAAUUCUCAUCUUUUUGUUUUGGUUCCAUCCCAAUAUGUCAUUCCAAGCUGCUUUCUUUCGUGUUUGGUUAACUUAAAUCUGGGAUUUUUUUCCCACCCCAUUUAUCCCAUUGUAACAAAAGAAGAAAAUGAGAUAACAGUGUUGAGUGUUGUGAAAAAAGCAGCAAAAAGCAGUGGUUGUGUUCUCUGAUUAGUGUUCUCUUCUGCAUUGCUUUGUAUGCCUUUUUGGUUCUGCUUCUUCAGAAACGUUUGCAUUUCAACUUGUAAAAUAUGAGGAAGCAUGGAUGGCAGUUACCUUAUCAUCCACUCCAGGUGGUGGCUAUUGCAGUGUAUUUGUCUCUGGGGUUUGCCUUCUAUGUCUUCUUCGCUCCUUUUGUUGGUAAGAAGAUGUAUCAGUAUGCUGUCAUGGGACUCUACACGCCGCUGAUUACUUGUGUCUUUGGAUUGUACAUUUGGUGUGCAGCAACAGAUCCAGCAGAUCCAGGGGUUUUCAAAUCCAAGAAGUAUCUCAAAAUCCCAUACAGUGAGAAACAUAGUGAACCAAAGAAUUCUAAAUUAGGAGGAGAAUCAACCUCUUCAAUACACGGUGCAAAUGCUUCAACAGUUGGAGCAAUGUCUGUGGACAAGGAGGCACCUGGAACAGAAGGAACUAUGAAAGAUGCUUCUGAUUCAGUAGAGAAGAAGAGUGCAUCGUCAUGUCUUCUCUUGAUAUGCUCUCCUUGUGCAUAUGUCUGUAGCUGCUCUAGCUCAAGCAAGGAAUCUUGUGAUAAGCAAAUAAGCGAAGAUGGCAUGUUCUAUUGCAGCUUGUGUGAAGUUGAGGUCUUCAAGUACAGCAAGCACUGUAGAGUUUGCGACAAGUGUGUAGAUCACUUCGAUCAUCAUUGCCGAUGGCUUAACAAUUGUAUAGGGAAAAGAAACUACCGGCAAUUUUUCGCUCUCAUGGUUGUUGCUAUCCUCUUGCUUAUUCUUCAAUGGUUGACUGGGAUAUUUGUGCUUAUCUAUGGUUUUGUUGAGAGAAAGCAAUUUUCUGCUGACAUCUCCUCCAAGUUGGGAAGUAGUUUCUCUAUUGUUCCCUUUGUCAUUGUGGUGUCUGUUUGCACCAUUCUGGCUAUGAUUGCUACCUUGCCUGUUGCACAGCUUUUCUUCUUUCACAUCCUCCUUGUUGAAAAGGGAAUCAGCACUUAUGAUUACAUCAUAGCUCUGAGGGAGCAAGAGCAGGAGCAGCAAGGAGUUGGUGGUCAACAAAGCCCUCAAAUGUCAACUGUUAGCUCACUUACUGGAUUCAGCAGUGCGAGCUCCUUCACUACGUUCCAGCGUGGUUCGUGGUGCACACCACCACGCCUGUUUGUUGAAGAUCAGUUUGACGUAAUCCCACCAGAAACCGGUUCCGUAAGCUCACUUGGAAAGAAGAGCAUCAGAGAAGAACCAUCUAAGAGAAAGAAUCCUGGAGCAGUCAAAAUUAGUCCUUGGACAUUGGCACGAUUAAAUGCAGAAGAGGUUUCCAAGGCUGCUGCUGAAGCAAGAAAAAGGUCCAAAAUUCUGAAGCCUGUGGUGAGACACAAUGAUGCUUUCAGACUAGAGCCAGAGAGCAGUUUUGGUAGCCGGGGUCGACAAGUCCCCAGAAUCGACAACAAACGGCGUGCUGCCAGCAAGCAGGGUUUCCUUCCUGCUGACAUAGCUAUGGCUUCCAUGACAAAUGUUUCUGCAAAUAAUAUUGGUAAAGGCUUCAGUGGAGUGUCUAGCUUAGCCCCUCUUCAACUUGAACCACGCAGCGCAUUUCAUAUGAGUCAAGCAAUGUCAAGCUCAGCUGCGAAUGUUGUGACUUCUUCUGAAAGCAGUAUAGAGUCUCCCGAUAUCCACCCUUUCCGGGUGUCUUCGUCAAGAAUCGAAGAGGCUAGACAGCUUGCUGGUCCUUCGGCUGCUGGUGGCAGUGUUGCAAAUUUGAACGGAAUUCCACUGUCAAGGUCAACUAGCGACGGGUAUGAAGCCUCAGGCGGGGAAGAUAGUGAUCAACUUCCUAGUAGAAUUGUGGAGAGAUCCACAAAUUGGACUAAUCUUCUUUUCAACCCUGAUCAAGAUGAGAGAGCUUUUAGGCACAAAUCUUCAUCCAACGUGGUUUAUAGCAGAAAAUUCUAACCAUAUCUGAUUUUGACUUAUGUUGGGGAAUUGUUGAUUCCUUGAUUUGUGAGCUAUAGGAUUUUCUUCAGCAUUCCUUAGCUGUGAACCUUGUUGAUGUUAAGAUGAUGUCCUCUAUAGAGUUUUGGAGUGAGGAUCAAGCAUUCAAGCGUGAUGGAGAUAUUUUUGGAACCAAUGUACAAAGUUGUAGGUUAACAACGGUAACUGGUGAGGUUUAGCAUCCUAGUGCAUUUUUAUUUAUGCUUUGUUUUGUGCUCUGCUUUUCUUUGCUUUGUUUUGUGCAUUUUUCAUUUUUUUGUGUCUAAACAAUGCAGAAUGCCAAAUAGGUUGCAUUUCUCAAGAGUUCAGCUGGCUAUAUUCGUAUUAGAUUUAGGAGUUAUGACCAAUUGUUCUUGGACUCUUCAAUAUCGUGUUCAUGAUUUAGAGAUGUAUCUCUCAUCUUUGAUUUCUCUCGAAACAAAGGGAUAUUUAUUUGUUGACUCUGCUUUUUUUGUUAAAA